CUCCUGCCCUCCCAGCAGAGCCGCUGGAAAACCAGACAGACCUGCAGGGAGAGGCGCAGAGCUGGGCAGCUCAGGCCCGAGAGGGCACAGCCGCAGGCCCUGCUGCCGGCUGGUCUGGGAGGUGGCGGCCUCUGACCCAGGACGGGUAUCACCAUGGCCCUCCUGACACACCUGCUCGUCUGCACCUUCGGGAUGGGCUCCUGGGUGGCCAUCAACGGGAUCUGGGUCGAGCUGCCCCUGCUGGUGGCGGAGCUGCCCGAGGGCUGGAACCUGCCCUCCUACCUCACGGUGACCAUCCAGCUGGCCAACAUCGGGCCCCUCCUCUUCACGCUGCUCCACCACUUCCGGCCGGGCCACGUGUCCGAGGUGCCCGUCAUCUUCGCCGUGCUGGGCGUGGGCACCGUCGCCUGCGCCCUCUUCGCCUUCCUCUGGAACGUCACCUCCUGGGUGCAGGGCGGCCGCCACAGCAUCACCUUCAUGGUACUCACCUUCUUCCUGGCCCUGGUGGACUGCACCUCCUCUGUCACCUUCCUGCCCUUCAUGAGCCAGCUGUCCUCCCACUACCUCACCACCUACUUUGUGGGCGAGGGGCUCAGCGGCCUCCUGCCCGCCCUGGUGGCUCUUGCCCAGGGCUCGGGCCUCACCACCUGCGUCAACGUCACCGACACACCUUACAACGCCUCCAGCCCCAGCACCCCGAGGAUGAUCGACCUCCCACAGGGACGUGAUAGCACUCCUGCGCCCGGCCUCACCGGGGCCGCGCCCACCCGGGUCCACCUGGAAAGCCGCUACCUCCCCGCCCACUUCUCGCCCCUGGUCUUCUUCCUGCUGCUCUCCGCCAUGAUGGCCGGCUCCCUCCUUGCCUUCUUCCUGCUCCAGCGUCCCCCCAGGCGCUGUAAGACCUCCACCGAAGACCUGCUCACCUCCCAGGUCACCCUCUACUCCAUCCGGCCUCUGGAGGAGGACCGGGGCCCAGCAGGCCGGGCGGACGGCGGCGGGGGCCCGGAGCCUGCCGAGGAGAAGGCGGCCGCCCGCUACCCGGCCCACCUGCUCUUCAUCUACGGCCUGGUGGCCUUCGUGAACGCGCUCACCAACGGCGUGCUGCCCUCCGUGCAGACCUACUCCUGCCUGUCCUACGGGCCGGUGGCCUACCACCUGUCCGCCGCCCUCAGCUCCAUGGCCAACCCGCUGGCCUGCUUCCUCUCCAUGUUCCUGCCUAGCAGGUCUCUGCUCUUCCUGGGGGUCCUCACCGUCCUUGGGACCGGCUUUGGGACCUACAACAUGGCUAUGGCGGUGAUGAGCCCCUGCCCCCUCCUGCAGGGCCACUGGGGUGGAGAAGUCGCCAUCGUGGCCUCGUGGGUGCUUUUCAUUGGCUGCCUGAGCUAUGUCAAGGUGAUGCUGGGCGUGAUCCUGCGCGACCAUAGCCGCAGCGCCCUCUUGUGGUGUGGGGCGGCGGUGCAGCUGGGCUCGCUGCUGGGAGCUCUGCUCAUGUUCCCGCUGGUCAACGUGUGGCGGCUCUUCUCCUCGGCGGACUUCUGCAGCCUGCAGUGCCCCGCCUAGGCCAAUGGACACCUGGGAGCCCGGGGAGUCAAGGCAAGGGCCCAAGGUCACUGGGAAAGUCUUGGGGGGCUAUCUGAGGCGGAGCCUGAGGACUUGGACCAUCAACACAAGCUCCCCUCCUUAAGGUGACUCAUUCCACAGGCCUCCCUCCCAGGGAGCCUGGAAAUGCAGAGCACGGCCCUCCCCCGGCUCUGAGUCACCUUGCUUGCAAUCCCACUGUUCCAGGGCGUCCUUCCCACACGCCUGGGAGAGGACUGGCUUGGAGCACCCAGCAGGAGGCAGCUCGAGGGUGUUCGAAGGGCAGCAGCCAAGAGGGCGAGCUGUGCGACCUUGGGGAUGUCACUAGAUUUUUUUUGUGCCCGUGUUUCCUCAUGCACAAAACGGCGAUUAUGAUCAAUAGCACCUACCUCAUGCGCCUGGCCGAGGGAUGAGAGGGAGGUGCCGGCGGGUGGCAAAAGUGCCGGGGCCACUUCCUGAUCUAAUGCCCAACAGUAGUAACAAGAGAGACAACCAACACCGCCUACAGGGGCCGGGGCUUGAGAGAUGACUCCUGCCCCAUGUCCUUCCCCACUGUCCUCCGAGGAGCUUCUGGAAGACGCGGCUAAUGGUGGAAUCUCGGGCUCCCUGAUGCCCAGCAUGGAGGGACAUUGUGCCCCACCCACCCCUUCCCAUCAUCCGUCCUGACCCAUGACCUCCUGAGAGGCAGAGAGAGACGAUGGGGGAGGGGCUACACCAAGCUUCUGAAAGCCGGUGCCCCACCCCCAACCCAGCAAGGCUGGACCCUGGGCAGCGAGGACCCUGGGAAGCAGGGCUGCGGCCUGGAGGGAGGAGGAGCACAGGGAGGAGUGCAAUGUGACCGUUGUUUUACCUGAUGGUUUUUUAUUUUAUUUUUUGUGUGUGUGUUUUUUGUUUUUUUGUUUUUUUAAUAAAGACAUUCCCUGCUUUUACACUAAGGUCCACCUUACA